GGUGCCGACACGUGCCGAGCUCACAGGCGGGUGCUUCAGGGGGUAUUAAUGGCGACGGGAGUAUAUAAACCCCCGAGUUCGUGUUCCGGAAGCGUUGCGUGAUCUGCCUUCUCUUGAAUUCGACAUUUGCCGUGAUCAAAUCGAAGCAGAAUCCAUGGAAACUCCAAAAAGCCAAAUGGAGAAGCCUUCACCUCCACCUCUUACUUCAUGCCGGAAGAGCAAGAAGGAUGAUGCCACUUUCUUGGAGGAUUUGAAGGACCACAUCGAUGAAUUUAUAAAUGCAUCCAUGGAAGAGCAUAAAACUUGUUUCAAGAAGACCAUGCAAAAGAUGUUUGGAAUGUCAAAGGUUGUUGCGGAGAGGAGUUCUGCCACACAGGAAGUUGAAAGUUCUCUGCCGCUUCGGACAACUGUGGCAGAAUAAAUCAUCUCUCAGUGGUGCUAGCUUAGCGUAGAUAUGGGUGACUUGUUUUCUUUUUUGUUUUCCGGUUUGACGGUUGAAGUUUUGAAUGGAUUUUGUUAGCUCUAGUUCAUAGGUCAUAUAUUUUGUGAACUUUGUUCUUCAUUAAAUGAUUCCCCAGCUUCUGAGUUGCUAGAAUAAUUCUCGCUUUUAGAUCUUUAGAUGGGCAAACAAGUCGGGAGUGAAGAAUUGCGCUA